GCUCUGACUUGUUCGUGGGAAAGAGGAGGCGUUGCAAAGGGGACUGGGGAAAGUCCAAGUCUUUUGAGUUUAAAAUAGCCCAGGCUCCAAGGGACAAUCAGAGAGAGAGAGAGAGUCAAAACCAGGGAAGCAGCAGGAAUGGGGACGAAUAACUCCGAAGUCGCUCGGCUGCAGCACCAGGCCGACGAGGUGGUGGAGGUGAUGUACGCCAAUGUGGAGAAGGUGAAGGAGCGAGACGGCAAACUGCAGGUCUUGGACGAGCGGGCGGAGCAGCUGCAGGAAGCGGGGAAACUUUUUCAGAAGACAACGAAACAGGUGGCCGUACAGGAAGCAUCGAGGAACAGGAAGUGGAAAAUUAUUCUGGGCGUGGCCGUGGGGCUGGUGAUCCUCGUCACCGCCAUUGUUGUCAUCGUCAUAACGACUUCGUCGAAAGAUCAGCAUCUGCCCCACCAAAGCGAAGCUGUCCCCAAACUAGCGACCACUACAGUUGGUCAACAGUGAACCGUUGUGAUCGAGCUGAGGGGCUGCUUUGCGUCGUGAAGGAAGAGCCUCGAUUGGCGGUUGCUACCGCACACGUGGGUGCCUUCAACUGUGGAACGUAGACAUUAGAAGCCGGACUGCUGCCGUGAAGCUACAAUUGAGCCACCUUUUUUGUCGCGUUCUUUUUAAAUUAUUUUGUUGUUACAAAAUGUGGCCGCAUUCCGUCUUUGAAAUAGGGUACGGGAUCCAGGCAGAUUGUGUCACAGUCGGUCUAUUUCCAGCACGGGACCCGCCUCAUUACCUACAGGCAGCCGAACCCCAUUUUAACGGGUAACGUUAGAUAACAGUUGCUUUAGGAUUACACAUUGAUUUAACAAUCCGGAAAAUAUACAAACCGGCCAAACUGGGAAAACUGAGUUUUGACAAUGCUAGAUAGUCCGGGGGCCGGGAAGGGAGUUAUCAUGGUCGUAACUGGAGUCCAACUUAUUCACUCAUGGAAUCUGUAACUCCUACUUGGUCCGAUCCCAUUUCAUAAAACUCGUCUCCCGACUGCCCCCCCACCCUCCCAAAGCCUGUCCCACCGAUGACAAGGCACAAGUCCGGAAUGUGAUGGAAUACUCCCCGCUUGCCCUGUUGAUUAGAUUAGAUUCCCUACAGUGUGGAAACAGGCCCUUCGGCCCAACCAGUCCACACUGACCCUACGAAGAGUAACCCACCCAGACCCAUUACCCUCUGACUAAUGCAUCUAGCACUCUGGGCAAUUUAACAUGGCCAAUUCACCCUGACCUGCACAACCCUGAGCACUAUGGGUAAUUUAGCAUGACCAAUCCACCCUGACCUGCACAUCCCUGAGCACUAUGGGUAAUUUAGCAUGGCCAUUCCACCCUAACCUGCACAUCUUUGGACUAAGGGAGGAAAUCGGAGCACCCGGAGGAAACCCACACAGACAUGGGGUGAAUGUGCAAACUCCACACACAGAUAGUCACCCGAGGCUGGAAUCGAACCUGGGUCCCUGGUGCUGUGAGGCAGCAGUGCUAACCACUGAGCCACUGUCCCGCCCCUAUUGGGAUUGGGCCAACCCAUUCACCAGACCUCAAUAUUCGUGCCUUCCACCACUCUGGAGCACACAGUCGCUGUGUUACAGAAGGAGGCCAUUCUGCGCAUUACGUCCGUGCCAGCCCUCUGAGCAUUUUAGCCUGACGCCAAUUGCCUGACCUUUCCCCCCAUCAUUAUUUCUGCCGAAAACACUGAUGGAAAGUCCUCUCAGAUGCCUUCAUUCCAGACCCGAACUGCUCACUUUACGCCCGCGGAAUUGGGCCCCGUCUCCGAGAUGCACUGCAGUGUUCUACCAAGGCUCCUCUGAGAGUACCUUCCAAAACCUGUGACCUUCACCAUCUCGAAGGACAAGGGGCAGCAGGUGCGUGGGAACACCACCCCCUCCGACCUCCUCUCCCGGUCACUCACCAUCCUGACUCGGAAUGAGGGCGCCGUGCCCUGACGGUGGCUGGGUUAAAACCUCGGGCCUUCCAGACAGCACUGUGGGUGUCCGCCACAGAGUCAUCACCAUCACCUUCUCCAGGACAGUUUGGGGAUGGGCACUGAAUGAUGGUCUUUUCAUUGACAUCUGCAAGCUAAGAGUGAUGACUAAAAAUACGUGGCUGAACCUUAAAUGUGAGCAGAACAGCACCAGGGCUGAAAAUGUGUUGCUGGAAAAGCGCAGCAGGUCAGGCAGCAUCCGAGGAACAGGAGAUUCGACGGUUCGGGCAUAAGCCCUUCUUCAGGAAUCAGCACCAGGGCAAACUGCAGCCAAAGACAGAAUUGUCCCGAUGUUCCAGUCAAAUGAAAAGCAGGAAAUAUUCUUGGAUUUUUCAGCCGCGGACUGUUUAUUGAAGGUGGGAUGACGGAUUUGAACUCUUCCGGCUGGGACAACGGUGCGCCCAAUCGCAACGUUUGUCAUCAUUCAUUGGCGGUCCCUUGCAGACGAGGUGGACUCUCGGGGUGAGGGUGGGGGUGGGCCUCCCGCAGACCCUCUACACUCGGGGCAGCGUCUUGACGCUGGCGAAUUCGGCCUGGUCCAAAAUGCCGGUGUUGGUGCGUUCGGUGGGGCGGGGGGUCGUCUGCCGUUGACAGUCUUGGGUCUCAGCGCCGUACACGAGGGCUCUGUGAACCAUGAGCUUGGCGUCGGAUCUGAUGGAAGUAAGAUCAUGGCUGGUCCUAAUGUGGACUCAGCUCCACUUCCCCGCCCGCUCACCAUAACCCUUAGUCCCUUCAGUGUUCAAAAAUCCAUCUGUGCCUUGAAACCAUUCAACCAGGUGGCCUCAACUGGGCUGGGAAUACCACCCAUUCACAAUCUUUUGGGUGAAUAACUCUGCUCCCCCCUUAUUUUGAGGCCAUUCCCUUGAGCUCUAGUCUCAGUGGGAGCAGCUUUCCUGCUUCUAUCUUGUCUAUUUCCGUCAAUAUUUUAUUUGUUUCGAGAAAGCCCCCCCCCCGCCUCAUUUUUCCAAAUUCCAAACGUGUACGGUCCCAGUCGACUUCAUCUCUCCUCAGAAGCCAAGCCCUUCAACUCCGGAGUCAAUCAACUCCGGUAUCCCCUCCAGUGCCAGGACGUCCUGCCUCGAGUGAGGAGACCUCUGAAAUAAAUCAGGAAGCCAGCAGGUCGAGCCGUGGACCGCCAGAGAAUGGAUGCAUCAGCCUCGAAAGGUUGACUAGGACGUGUCAGCUGAGUUUCUCCAGCAGCUUCUGUUGUCCACUACCCUCCCGGGGAUCCCUCUGUCUCUCUGUGACGGCUGAAGACCGAAAGCCUAGCGGAAAAUGUACUUCCUGGGGAUGGGAGAGCUGCAGUCAAUGGCUGACCCCCCCACCUUGUCAUUUUAAACCACUUUAUAGCAAGGGGGAAGCAGUGAGAGAUGCGAAGGAAUUGUGAGGUAAAUCAUAUUGGUAAAUUAUACCUCAGCCAUUUAAUGUGUUAGAGCUGACUGCCUGUAUCUGAUACGGCGUUGGAAAAUAAAGGGUUCGAAAGGAAA